AUGAACACUUUAUUUGUCUUGGCGGCUUUGGCUGCGGUGGCUGUUGCGGUUCCUGCCAAUCGCUUCAUUUGGAUUGGACCUGCAUUAGUUGAAGAAUAUGAGCCAAUCUCCGUUGGUCCCGCUAUCGUGAAACCAGGAGGCAUUUCCGUAGGACCUGCCGUCAUCGACCAAUACCAACCGAUCUCUGUUGGACCUGCAAUCGUUGACCAAUACCAGCCAAUCUCCGUUGGUCCAGCUAUUAUUAAACCAGAAGGUAUCUCCGUAGGACCCGCCAUCAUUGACCAAUACCAGCCCAUCUCUGUUGGCCCCGCUGUUGUUAAGCCAGAAGGCAUCUCCGUUGGACCCGCUAUCAUUGACCAAUACCAGCCAAUCUCCGUUGGUCCCGCUAUUAUUAAACCAGAAGGUAUCUCCGUAGGACCCGCCAUCAUUGACCAAUACCAGCCCAUCUCUGUUGGCCCCGCUGUUGUUAAGCCAGAAGGCAUCUCCGUUGGACCCGCUAUCAUUGACCAAUACCAGCCAAUCUCCGUUGGUCCCGCUAUUGUAAAACCUGAAGGUAUCUCCGUUGGCCCCGCUGUUGUUAAGCCAGAAGGUAUUUCAGUAGGACCCGCCAUCAUUGACGAAUACCAACCAAUCUCCGUUGGCCCUGCUGUCGUUGACCAAUACGAGCCCAUCUCUGUUGGCCCCGCUGUUGUUAAGCCAGAAGGCAUUUCCGUUGGACCCGCCAUCGUUGACGAAUACCAACCAAUCUCCGUUGGCCCCGCUGUCGUUGACCAAUACGAGCCCAUCUCUGUUGGCCCCGCUGUUGUUAAGCCAGAAGGCAUCUCCGUUGGACCCGCCAUCAUUGACCAAUACCAGCCAAUCUCCGUUGGACCCGCUGUUGUUAAGCCAGAAGGCAUCUCCGUUGGACCCGCCAUCAUUGACCAAUACCAGCCAAUCUCCGUUGGUCCCGCUAUUGUAAAACCUGAAGGUAUCUCCGUUGGACCUGCCAUCGUUGACGAAUACCAACCAAUCUCCGUUGGCCCCGCUGUCGUUGACCAAUACGAGCCCAUCUCUGUUGGCCCCGCUGUUGUUAAGCCAGAAGGCAUUUCCGUAGGACCUGCCAUCAUUGACCAAUACCAGCCAAUCUCCGUUGGACCCGCUGUCGUUGACCAAUACGAGCCCAUCUCUGUUGGCCCUGCUGUUGUUAAGCCAGAAGGCAUCUCCGUUGGACCCGCCAUCAUUGACCAAUACCAGCCAAUCUCCGUUGGACCCGCUGUUGUUAAGCCAGAAGGCAUCUCCGUUGGACCCGCCAUCAUUGACCAAUACCAGCCAAUCUCCGUUGGACCCGCUGUUGUUAAGCCAGAAGGCAUCUCCGUUGGACCCGCCAUCAUUGACCAAUACCAGCCAAUCUCCGUUGGUCCCGCUAUUGUAAAACCUGAAGGUAUCUCCGUUGGACCUGCCAUCGUUGACGAACACCAACCAAUCUCCGUUGGCCCCGCUGUCGUUGACCAAUACGAGCCCAUCUCUGUUGGCCCCGCUGUUGUUAAGCCAGAAGGCAUCUCCGUUGGACCCGCCAUCAUUGACCAAUACCAGCCAAUCUCCGUUGGACCCGCUGUCGUUGACCAAUAUGAGCCCAUCUCUGUUGGCCCUGCUGUUGUUAAGCCAGAAGGCAUCUCCGUUGGACCCGCCAUCAUUGACCAAUACCAGCCAAUCUCCGUUGGACCCGCUGUUGUUAAGCCAGAAGGCAUCUCCGUUGGACCCGCCAUCAUUGACCAAUACCAGCCAAUCUCCGUUGGUCCCGCUAUUGUAAAACCUGAAGGUAUCUCCGUUGGACCUGCCAUCGUUGACGAAUACCAUCCAAUCUCCGUUGGCCCCGCUGUCGUUGACCAAUAUGAGCCCAUCUCUGUUGGACCCGCUGUUGUUAAGCCAGAAGGCAUCUCCGUUGGACCCGCCAUCAUUGACCAAUACCAGCCAAUCUCCGUUGGACCUGCUGUUGUUGAAGAAUACCAACCCAUCUCUGUUGGCCCUGCUAUUGUAAGGCCAGAUGGAAUCUCCGUUGGACCCGCUGUUAUUAAGCAUUAA